AUGAUCAUUCAUUUUAUCUCAGCUAUCCAUUACUUUGUAAUUGCUAAUUUAACAAUCAAGACUCAAGCAGUGGCAAUGACAGACCCCCAGUUAGCAAACAACACUAGUUGUAACAACAAUAACAAAACAAAUCCAAUCAAAACAAUCAUUCACCAAACUGACUCCUCCGAAGUCACUCGACGAGCUCCCGCUAGUGACGUCACCAAGAGCAUCAACAAUAACAACAACAGCAAAGAGUCUUCCAAGGCAAAGGAGUCUUCCGAAAGCAGCAGCGAGCCCCCAGAGACCAAAAAAACGGGAUACGUGUGUCCUUACUGCAAGAUGUCCUGCUCCAAGCCGAGCGUUCUUCAAAAGCAUAUAAGAGCGCACACCAACGAGCGACCAUAUCCGUGUCUGCUCUGCGGGUUUGCUUUUAAGACAAAGUCUAAUUUGUACAAACACCGACGGUCGCGAGCCCACACCGCCAAGGCCGAGGGAACUGCCGAUCAAGCUAAGGUGUCAGAAGAUUCGGACAUAAGUUUAUCAGACAGCGCAAGCAACGGAACGGGAACGCCACCUCCUCUGGCAUCCUCAGUAGUAGCUUCUAACCACCUCGAAGCUGCUACCAAGACAGUUAAAACUGGCAAGAUCUACAAGCCAAAGUUUCACACCGCUCUUGAGUCCGUAAAUAAUGACCCGGAAAGUUUGUCUGUAUCUCCGCUCGCGACAACUAUUUCUACUUCCACUUCAUCUUUAUUAUCAUCAUCUUCUAUCAUAUCUAGCAGCUCGAACGGCACGUCGACAGUUUCUAUAAAGCCAAACGCAGAGCAACUCCAAGAACACAUUGACAAGAUUAUCACCGACAAUCAAGCAAUCGUUGAAGCAGUAGAUCCGCGACUCCAUAAAUUAAUGCACCGACAACAAUCACAUCCAGCAAAACCCUCCGAGCAGCCGCUAAAUUUGUCUUCCUCUCCCGAAGUUGUUCUCUCCUCGCGAAAGCGGCAUCUAGGUGAUACCCAGGAGGAUAAAAAUCAAAAGCCACAAUUAAAUUUACACUUACAGUCAGAGCCUGCGAAUCAAGGAUCUAUAAUAAAAGAUUUGCUGCUGAAAAAUCGUGACGAUUUUGUCUGCGCAAACUGCAAAAUUUCCUACACCAGCGCUGAUAAUUUGGAAGCUCACAAGCGUUAUUACUGCAAAGUAUCUUCUUCCUCAUCAUCACUAUCGUCUUCUUCAUCGUCUUCCUCAUCUCCAAGUCCAAAGCGGGACUUUCAAUUGGACUUGGAGAAACGUGAUAAUGAUGACACCAAGUCAGAGUAUUACAACACCGUGAAACCGCUUCCUUCGCCGGGUCCUUUGCUGGGAAAUACCAGGCUGGUCGACGCGUACACUCCACCAGUGAAGAAACACUGUUUAACCGAGCUGACUGUUCCUCCUACAAGUCUGAGGUCUCUUGAAGAGCUGUCGAAGUACCCGAGACCGAACUCCUUGCAGAUGUUCGGCGGACAAGUGAGAAUACUGGACAACACUGGUGAAACUAAAACCAUGCGAAUAGAACCACGACAAACCAAUUCGCCCAGCGAUGAUAUGACCAAUCACAACAGCAAAUCUGGAACUUCUGAGACAUCUUCGAUAGUCGUGAGGUCCAGCUUGCACUCUGGAGGUACUAUGGUCCACAAACCACCCGGUGGGACUUCAGUCAGCAGCAGUGUCACUAAUUCAUUGUCAAACUCCAUAUCUAUGCCAAAUGCGCCUCAAAUGCUGGCACCAAUCAUACCAAACAUAUCAACUCCAAACAUCGCGCCGACAAUGACCUGCUACGGGAAUUAUCUCGAGCCGAGGUUGAACCCACUGACAAUCACUGCCUACAAUCCGCUGACUCUUCCCUCGGGAAUAUCAAGCAUCAUGCAUGGUGGAAAAAUAAUCCCAUAUGUUCCAGGAAUGCCGGGACCGCACACACUUAUGAGUGACAUAUCACAGCCUCAAACGGAUUCUUACAAAUUACCUGUUCCGGGAGCUCAGCCGCUGGACCUCGCGAGUCCUGUUAAAGUUGGAGCUACAACGCCCUACGUACCUGGUAUUCCUGGACCAGAAGACUCAGUCAAGCCGCUUUUCACGCCCCUGGAUCUGGCCAAGGAUCCCAAAGUCGGGUUCAAGCUUCCGACUAACGGGGGAGUGAUUUCACCCAAAAUUGUCCAGGGUGACAACAAGUACCGCAGGCUGUCGUCUUGUGAUUUUAAGAACAAUAAUAAUCCAGAGGUAGAUAACAAUUUUGAUCGUCAUAUUCACAAAAAUUCUAAGUACAAACUCAAGGAUAAUUAUGAUAAAAAUUUUAAGACCGAUAAUGUUAAUAUUAAUGGAAAUGUGAAUUUUGAAAGAUCCUCACCAAAGCUGACCGAAAACCGGAAGCGACCUGCAAGUUGGGGAGAUGAUGGUUCUAUUAAUGACAGAAGAAGUCCCUUGGUCGCCAAGUACGAGCAUGGAGAAGGAAGGGUGAGAAUGUCACCGGAAACGGUAGCUAAUGGUGUGUUUUUAAAUGGCCGAGCACGUGCUGAGAGCGUUCCACCGGUGAUAAUAAUGGAUCUAGAUACUGCGAGCAUUCAGCAAGAGCCAAAGUCUUCACCGGAACUGAUUGUCAGUCUAGAUAGCAAGCAGUCACCUUCGUUAGAAAGAGAAGUUGAAGAAAAAACCACUAAAUUCCUUCGACCCUCGUCUUUGCCGUUAAAACCUGGGACUUUUACGCCCAAAAGACAUCACGGAAUCACACCGACUCCGUACACUCAGCCCCUGAUCAGUCCGGAAACCCCGAGGCCCAGGAAGUCGUAUGGACAGCUGUAUUUAAACGGACACGCAUAUACAUAUCUAGGUCUCAAGUGCUCGACGAGAGUGUAUUACUGCACUCUGAAUCGACCACAGCCGAUGUAUGUCACGCAGCAGCAUCAUCUUUCUAUGUACUCCAAUUGGAAGAUAUUCAACGACCUGCGUCCUGACAGGAACCUCGCGAACUACGACUCGAGAAACCGAAGCUCUAGUUAUACUAUUGCGUGGAAGAAACAAGAGCUGCUGCUCACUCACUCGUCUUACAAACCUGUCAAGCUGAAUUCUUCUCCAAGCCCAGACAGUGAUAGUGCGCAGAAGAUGGCCCGGAGGAUCAAGAUUUUUGAUGGUGGUUUUGAGAGCAAUGAAGAUUAUACCUACGUGAGAGGCCGAGGUAGAGGAAGAUAUGUCUGUGAAGAGUGUGGUAUUCGGUGUAAAAAGCCUUCGAUGCUGAAGAAACAUAUCAGGACACACACAGACGUGAGACCUUACACCUGCAAGUACUGCUCGUUUAGCUUCAAAACAAAGGGGAACUUGACCAAGCACAUGAAGUCUAAAGCGCAUUACAAAAAGUGCAGGGAGUUGGGGAUUGAUCCGGUUCCUACGACUGUUUGUGAUGAGAAUAUUGACAAAGAAGCGAUCGCUAGGUUGACUGCUGGUGGAGGUGAGAACGCUGAUGAGUCUUCUGAGGAGGAAGAUGAUGAAAGUGAUAAUGAAGAGAGUGAAGAGUCGGGAACUGAUGAGCAUGAAGCGGCUAGAAGUUUGUUAAUUUUGUCUCAGCCUAGUAAAAAUAGGCUUCAAAUUCCUGGACUGGUUCCUGCUUGUAGACCUGCGACUUAUCCUUACGCUCUUACUACUCUGCUGUCUACGAGCACUUCGACGGCUACUACGACGACUGCUAGUACGGGUUCAGUGACUUCUGCGACGGUUAUUCAGAGUGAGGCUGCCAGUAAUCGGUAUUAUUUUCCUAGCAGGUCGCUGGAUAGUUCUAGAGAUAGUGUGAUAAGGUCUACGAAGGUUGAAGAGGCUAAGGAAGAAAUUAUUGAGGGUCCAGCUGGUGAAGCUGAAGAUCAUCAGGGCACUCGAGGAACUACCCAGCCGAUGGACUUGACUACGAAGCCCGCAAUUUUGGAUUGUGCGAAGAGGUCUUCGGUUGAUAUUCUCACGCCUGUUUCAGAGCCGAUUUUGAUGCAGACGAUUGUCCAGACUAUGGAGAGACUUCCGCCGGGAAGAGAGUGGAAACCUGAUGCAGAAGGACACAUGCUUCAGGCUUAUUUGACGGAGAGACAUGUCAUGGAUAGCAAGAUCAAGCAGCAGUAUCGGGUGGGAGGUUUUAAAGUUGAGAAGAAAGUUUUUUCUGGGAGCAAGUUGGAGAAUUCCAGGGGAAGUUUGUUCUCCAGUUCGACGCCUACUGUUACUUAUACGGAUAGUAGGAUGCAGUUUGCUGGGAAGAAAGAAGAUGUUGGACAGAAAGUUGAGGCCAAGAGUGAAAGAAGGCCCUUUGAUAUUGAGUCCCUGCAUUCGCAGGAACUCUUGAGGCCGAGAGUUAAUACUCAGGAGUAUUUGGUCGGAAGAAACUACCCGGAGGUUGGGCAGGAGCUUAAGCCCUUGGGCAAUGAGACUAGAGAGGCUGUUGCUAGUCAUGAGAGACAAGACUUCAUUCCGUCCCCGGGUAGGGAAGCUAGGUACGAGAGACCUGUGAGACCUGUGAGUGCUGGAUUGGAAUUCAAGGUUCCUUGUUCGGAAUUCAAGGAUAGGGAGACUCCUGAUACCAAGGAGUUCAGACCGAUGGAACCUAGAUUGGUUAAUGAGAUUGGCUUGAGGCCGCUACAUGAUGCUAGGAGUAAUUCUGAGAGAGUCCUGGCUGAUGUUAAGAUUAAUGUUGAGGGCUUGGGCAAGCAGAUUGGCGUGGCUGUUGUUGAAGGCAUCAAGCAACAGCAUAAUGUAGUGAGGAAAAUGGUUGUUGCCGGUCCUGGGUUCAGGUCCCCUUCGCCUUCACGUGCUGGAAAACCUAUGGCUGAAUUUUUACCACCGUCCGGUGUUGCACCCAACUAUGUGAGCAUUGGAGAAGAUGGCCGGAGUACAUGUGGAAUUUGUAACAAAGUAUUCAACAAGCCAAGUCAAUUGAAGCUUCACAUAAACAUCCAUUACUUCGAGCGACCGUUCAGAUGCGAAAGUUGCGCCGUAUCUUUUCGCACCAAGGGCCACUUGACGAAACACGAGCGAUCUGUUUCUCACCACAACAAGGUCAGCAUGACGUCGACUUUUGGCGCUCCAACGACCAGCAAUCCACGGCCAUUUAAGUGUACUGAUUGUAAAAUAGCCUUCCGGAUACACGGACACCUUGCCAAACACUUGAGAAGCAAAAUGCACAUAAUGAAGCUAGAAUCGUCUCAGUACCAACAAAGUAUACCCCCGACAACAACUACAACGACAACAACAAGUAGCGGUGAAGCGUCAUCAGAUGAAGGUGAACCUAUCCCACAAUUUCCAGUUUCGCCGACGUCAUCUCCAUCAGCAUUUACUCCAGCGACAGAUAUACCUUCUUCGGUGUCGCGAGCAUAUCACUCGCCUAUUUUAUCAGUGAUUAGCGACCGCAAUAAAUCACCCGUCGAAUCUCACGUGCCAAAUUCACGAUUUGAGGAUAAAAAUUUGCCUGCUUCCUCUUCAUCCUCAGUGGAUACUCAUUUGCCGAACGCGUUCAUAUGUCAAACGUGCACCACGUCAUUUAGAAACCUCGUCGAUUUACAAGUCCACUGUUUCGUCGAGCACAAUAUUGACAACAGAAAUCAUCCAUCAGAAAGCGGUCCAACUAAUGAAAACAAUAUUAAACAAACAAACGAUGUUGACAUAAAUAAGGUACACGAUAAAAGCGAUGAUGCAUAG